AUGAACAAAUCUAAGGCAAUGCAAUUUGUUAAUCCUAUCCACACCUUUGACCACUUCACCACUAUGAAUCGAGAUAAUACGCUACCGUUCCCAGAACAAAUCCCAGAUGCGUCGUAUUCUAAUAGUAAGACCAUCAACAACAAAGUGACCACCAAUCGUUCUUCUUCGGCUUCUCUGCAGCAGCAGACACCCAGAAGUCCGUUGACAGCCGCAAGUUACCAACCCUCGGGCCAAGAUAUCAUAUGUGGAAGAGGACGAGGGAGUUUUCUACAUGAAGGGAAUAAAGCAUACCUUUCACUUCUCCGAAGGAAUAUUCAUGCUUAUUUGCAUGCGAAAAAACGAGUCGACAAGAGUGCAAUCAUCGACACUCUUGUUUUGUCACUAAAAGAGCGUGGCUUUCGAUUUCUGAAGCAGGAUGAUAAGAAUCAACGAUGGUACGAGCUAUCAGAACAAGAAUGCUACGAUAGAACCGCCCAUGCAAUUCGCGAUCUGAUUCGGAAGCAAAAAGGAAGAAACAAGAAACCACUUUCACAGUAUGCCUCAAGAUCUCGAUCUCCGUCUCAAUCCGAUAGUGAUAUCAGCGUAAUCUCCCACAAGAAGGGCGACCACACUAUAAUAUCUACCAGUGUCGGCACUCCCCUUCCUCUGAACUCCAUGUCCAUGUACCAGGAACAAUCGAAUACGAAUCAAUUUUCAUCAUCAUCCAUAUUGCGACCGAACUCGGCAAGCCUUCCCCGGGCAACAGUCAACAUUACCGAGCUUCCAACAUCCGAUGCCGAUUCGUUUGAUGAAAAUAUAAGUGCGAUUCCGUUUGAAGCGAUGCGCCCGACUGAUAGAUUGAAUACUGUUGGUUUUGGAGCUUUCUUUGAAUUGGAGCCUGAUGAUUUUGAACAAGUGCUCUCGCAGCUGGACACUGAAAAGCGAGAAGACAGAGCUUCGUGGGAGAGCAAAUAG